CGCCAUCGCGUGCUCGCUCUCUACAAGGAGUUGCACAGGCUAGGCAGAGAUUACCCUGACCCCUCAUAUGACUUUCACGGGCGAAUGCGGAGGAUGUUCGAGAAGAACAGAGGGCUCUCGGAUCCAGAGGAAAUUGAGAAGGCAAUAGGGCUUGGAGAGUACAUCAAAAACGGU